AUGUCUGCCCCCAACCGAAUCCUUGUUGCUGAAACGCAGUUUGAACAGCUCGAACGGGACCAAGCUGAUCCGUGGGAUAUUCCCACUCAAUUCCGGAUGGGCCAGCUCGAUGACGCCAUGCCAGGUGACCCUGCCCCCCCUCCGGCCCUCGGAAGCUCUCCAAGCCCAGCCAGCCAUCCUGCGCCGCUGCAGGCCAACGUUGGAGCUCGAACCGUAGCCGGCCGCCAACCCGUGGCACAGGCCCACGACGGACCGCUGCAGCCUGCCGAGGUCCGUGCUCUGGUCCCAGCCACCAACCCGGCCUCGACCCCUGCUCAGUCCACACCAGCCCCGGCCAACAAUGGGAGCCGACGGUACCUGCUUUGGCUCAGGUCCACCGUCCCAACCGUGGUGAAGAGGUCUGUGGGCUCCGGCAGCGGGCGCCCUCCGAGCGAAUACGCCAGGGCCACCUUGAGGGUUCCCUUCCCCAUCUGGAAGUGUGUCCCAACUAACUGGGACUGGAGCAUGGCCAAGGCAGAGAUCAUCGAGCUUCUCGGCCCGGAGCAACGGUACCUUGCGGAAGAAUUAACCGUGUCAGAUCGAGCCGGAUUAAUCACUUGGCAGGGAAUCAUAACUGGCGAUUGGGUCUACGGGUGCAGCAAAAAAUACUUAAUCACGGACGACAACACCUGGGCACCUUUUGCAUUGGCCGCGGAGCAAGCUUACCCUGCAAAGGCGGUGUGCAUCGACCUCUCCCAAGUGGACCCCCGCGUAGUGGCCCGGGAAGAGUCUCAGAACGCUGAGGUUAACGCGCGCCUGAUCAUGCAACACAGCACGGAUGCAGAGAGGGCUCCGCUUGAACAUCAACGAGCUCGGCUUGCGGCAAAUCCCAAUGCUCAGAUUGCCGAACCUGGCACUGAGAAGGUGCAGCUGCUCCGGAACCAUCAUUUGGCGAUGCGGGAUGAGCGCCGGGCUCCGCCAAAAGAGGGCGAGGUGGCGAUGCACCCCUCCGGGGAUGGCCAAUAUAUCAAGCUCAGCCACAAGUACCCCGAAGAGGAAAGCUGCGCCGGAUCCCCGGCUUCCCGCACUUUCCGAGGAGGUGGAUCCACCUCGGGCCCGCCCGACUUGUCGCCUGCCCAGGAUGUGAUCCGUGCGCCGGUCACCAAUCCCCCCGAGGCGAGUCCCUCAUCUGAGGCUUCAGUUCCCCUCAGACGACCCCGGGCUCGUACUUCAUCGCCAUUUACCCGGAUGUUUUAUUUGAUGAGUCAGGCCCGACGAGACGCAGAGGCACCCAACCAUGCGGACGUAGGAGGACUCGAAACCGGUUCCUCCACUGCCUCAUCUAUUGCUGCUUCGAUCGAGCACAUCCGUGGAGGGAACCAUCCCGCUCAAGCCCCGUCAUCCCCUGAAAUCGUAGUCAUGGGGAAUGCACGUCGCACGCUCGCCGGACCCCGGAGAACUAUCACGCCUAUCAACUUGGCCCGCUUGGGUCGCCUGAACCUCGGCGCAGACUCCACCCCAGGUACCCCUGAUUCGACGAAUUCUUGGAUAAGCAAUUCAGUCCCCCUCCGCGAGGCCGCAGCGAACGCUAUGGCUUUCUUCUUACGGCACUGUCAGAUCCCGGCCGAGGAUUUCCACACCCGGUGGUUAAUCCAGGACCAAAACAUCACUUUGUGGUCCUACUUUUUACGCAGUUCGGAGGCCGACUUGACCCGACUUGGUUUCAAAGCCGGCCCCGCCCGACUCAUCUGCGAUGGUGCCCGGCUCCUUCAGCAAGUUAGCGAGGAAGAAGAUCGGGCUGAUCCAGAUUGCAGCGGUGCCGCAAGCAACCCACCCGCGGACAACUCUGACGAGGCACCGGGGUUCAACAUGGUCAAUGGUGAUGCCCCAUAG